GGGGCGGGGGGCGGGCAACGUGGCCACCGGAGGAAGUUUCCUGAAGUUGUCCUUUUAGUCCGGAGCCCAGCCCGCGACCCUGCCGAAUCGCGGAGGCUGCCCUGCCUGGGAGAAGAAGUCGGAGUUGGGGUGCUAAGGGAGGGAGGCGCCCCGAGUCCGAGAGCACGGCUUUCCCCUUUCUCUUGGCUCGCCCCUCGCCUUCCGGGCGCGCCGCCGGCAUCGGACUUGGACCGAAGAGGACGUGGAAGGAUUGGGGUCGCCAGAGCUGCCCUUCUGGGCAUAUACGGCCCUGGGCCGGAGCCGUGUAGACAGUAUCUCAGGACGAAGCUUCGGGGUAUCGGACCCCACCAGGAUUAUAAAACAGUGCUCAGUGCCCCCCAUCCCCACCCCAGGCUGGUCAUCAUGUGGGGGCUGCUGAUCUGGACUCUGCUGGCCCUGCACCAGAUCCCCCAGGCCAGAGCCCAAGAUGACGUGGCCCCCUAUUUCAAGACGGAGCCAGUGCGGACGCAGGUGCACCUGGAGGGGAACCGCCUGGUGCUCACGUGCAUGGCCGAGGGCAGCUGGCCGCUGGAGUUCAAGUGGCUCCACAACAACCGGGAGCUGACCAAGUUCUCCCUGGAGUACAGGUACAUGAUCACCAGCCUGGACCGCACCCACGCUGGCUUCUACCGCUGCAUCGUGCGGAACCGGAUGGGCGCUUUGCUGCAGCGGCAAACUGAGGUCCAAGUGGCCUACAUGGGGAGCUUUGAGGAGGGUGAGAAGCGCCAGAGUGUCUCCCACGGAGAAGCCGCUGUCAUCCGCGCCCCGCGCAUCGCCAGCUUCCCCCGGCCACAGAGCUAUCACCCUGGAGAACACCCUUGUCAUCCUGUCAACGGUGGCUCCGGACGCAGGCCGAUACUAUGUGCAGGCUGUUAAUGACAAGAACGGGGAUAACAAGACCAGCCAGCCCAUCACUCUCGCCGUGGAGAAUGUAGGGGGGCCUGCAGACCCCAUUGCUCCAACCAUCAUCAUUCCUCCCAAGAACACCAGUGUGGUGGCCGGAACCUCGGAGGUGAC